UUACUUCCGGGUCGGCAGCCGUCCCUCCCGGAGCCGGCGGCGGCGGCGGCGGGAGAUGGCGGCGGAGCCUGAGCCGGGUGGCGGGGAUGUGCCGGAUUCAGGAGCUGUUUUUACAUUUGGUAAAAGCAAAUUCUCAGACAAUGUCCCCAGCAAAUUCUGGCUGAAAAAUGAUAAAGCUGUUGCAAUCAGUUGUGGGGAUGAACACACUGCACUUAUAACAGAAAAUGGCAAGUUGUAUGUCUUUGGGAGCAACAACUGGGGUCAGCUAGGUUUGGGAACAAAGAACACUAUGAACAAACCUACAUGUGUAAAAGCUCUGAAAUCGGAGAGAGUGAAACUUGCUGCCUGUGGGAGAAACCAUACAUUGGUCUGGACAGAGCAAGGAAAUAUCUAUGCAGCUGGUGACAAUAGUGAAGGACAGUUGGGCCUGGGCGAUAAUGAAGAAAGAACAGUAUUUCAACGUGUGGAGUUCUUCACAGAUAAACAAAAGAUCAAACAGUUGGCUGCUGGGUCAAAUAUUUCAGCAGCCUUAACUGAGGAUGGGAAUCUCUUUAUGUGGGGUGAUAAUUCUGAGGGACAAAUCGGCCUUGAUUCUGAAAGCAAUGUCAGUCUGCCACAUCAAGUAGAUGUGGGCAAGCCGAUCUCCUGGGUUUCCUGUGGAUAUUACCAUUCUGCUCUUGUAACAGGUGAUGGGCAGCUCUACACAUUUGGAGAAUCUGAUAAUGGAAAACUGGGAUUACCACUUGAUCAGCCAAUAAAUUAUCGGAUCCCACAGCCUGUCAAUUAUAUUUCAGGAAAAGUCAUCCAAGUUUCAUGUGGGGGUGGUCACACUAUUGUUCUUACAGAGGAAGAUGUGUAUGCAUUUGGCUUUGGACAAUUUGGUCAAUUAGGACAUGGCACAUUCAUUUUUGAGUCUUCAUUGCCAAAGGUGGUAGAAGGCUUAAAGAAAAAAAAUGUACAGUUUAUUUCCUGUGGGGAGAACCAUACUGCAGUAGUGACAGGUAACAACCUUUUGUAUACCUUUGGUGAUGGGCGACAUGGCAAGUUGGGACUUGGUGAAGAGAAUUUUACCAAUCAAUUCAAACCUACGCUUUGCACCAGAUUUUUGAAGUUGGCAGUCAAAUCGGUUGCUUGUGGAGGAUGCCACAUGCUCGUGCUUGCCACCCCCAGGCCAAGAGGUUCAGAAAAUGUUGUGAUUGAAAGUGAUGACAUAAACAAGAACUAUUUAACUGAUACCUAUUCCAUGACACUGGGUGAUUUAUCUACAACCAACACAUUCCAUCGAGCAUUAUCAGCACGUAUUAGGCGUCGAGAAAGGGAAAAAUCUCCAGAGCAGUUUGGUCAGAUGGUACAUACACUGCCUCCAAUUGGAACUAGUUUCAUAAAAUCUACUUUGCCCACCAGUAGUAAGACAAUUCCUGGAGUGAAAGUCAUUGAAAAAAAUCUCAUUGCCUCAAAGCCAACUAUUAAUGUUCAACUCUAUGAAGAAUCACCAUUAUCCAUCAGAGACAAAGAGAUCAAAGAUGCCCAGAAAAGUGUGGAUGAAGAGGAAUCUGAAGAAGAGGAAAGUGACAAAGGUCUUGGUGACACAAUUGAUCCACUAAACAUGACACAUACAAUGAUGGUGAAUCCUAAUGACAAGACCCUGACCUUAUCACCUGUUCACAAGGAACAGUUGAAGGAAAUUCAAAAUGAUGAAGAUGAAGAAGUUGUAUAUGUGGAAAAAGAAACAAGUAAUAAAGAUGAGGAUGAUGGAGAGGAAAGGGGUAUAAAUGAGGUGGAUGAUAGUGAAGAAAAAGCAAGUAAAGAACAAGCUAUUCAUGAGAAAGAGAAUGAGGUAACAUCAAUUAAUAAAAAACAAUCAGGAUCAGAGGAAGAUGAGGAAGAUUUUCAGAAAAGUGAGAUCAUGGAAAUUUCAGCAGAAAAGGAAGAUGUACAAAGUUUAGAAGAAAUCGAAGAUUCAGAAAGUUUAGAAGAAAACAAAGAUUCAGAGAGUUUAGAAGAAAAUGAAGAUGCAGAUAGUAUAGGUGAAAUUGAAGACACACAAAACUCAGGAGAAAAUGAUGCAAAAAAUUCAGGAGAUAACGAGGACACAAAAAAAUUGGGAGAAAAUGAGGAUACAAAAGAAGCAAAAGAAAACGAAAAUACUGAAGGUUCUGGAGAAAUUAAAAACUUAAAAGAAAACAAGUCAAAUGGUUUACUCAAUAGAACUAAAAAUCUGUCACUUUUUAAGGGAAAUUCAACUAAAGAGUCUGAAGGAAAAAUACAGUGCAAGAAGACAAUCUCUGAGGAAUCAACCAAAGAACACUCAAAUGGAGAUGAAACAAAUGCCUCAAAUCUGAACUGUUCAUCAGAGGGUAGUGGUGAUACCAUUUCCUCUAAUCAAAACAAAAAAUCAAUACCAAGUAACUUUAAAAGCAAAUAUAAAUCAUCUACUUGUGUGUUGGUGUAAGUAACCAACAAGAGAUAUAGCAGGUCCUUCUGAACAAUUCAGAAGAACAUGUUGCACUUUAAUUGUAUGGUGUUCCAAAAUGGAGCUUUUCUACUUAUGUAAUCAUGUGCCUAUGAAGCCAUCAGUGUUAUCAAAAUCACUGUAUUUUAAGACCUACAAAGAAAUAUUUGAAUCUAAGGGAAUGUUUUAUUCUUUCAGGGAUUCAAUAACAGUAAUUGUGUAAUGUUUCAAUAAAUGAUUUGAUCCAGUAUAUUUUUGUAUGAAUAAGAUAUAGUUUGAAUGUCCCAGGACAGUGGCUUUAAUGGUGCUUUUCUAAUUUUGUCACUUGUUAUAAAACUACACAGUUACUUAUCUUACAUUUCUUUUCAGUAUAAAUAACUAAAAAUACAGUUUGUUCAACCUUUGAAAUUUUUGUCAUCAGAAUAACUUAACUGUAGUUUAAAACAUAAUGCUAAUUUGGGUUUUACAUUUUGAAUGGUAAAUCAUUAAAAUUAACUCAAGUCGUGAAUAAACCAGGAUUCUUCAUAAUUUUCAUUUCUUUUAACACACCAUAAGUAAGUAAUAUGAUUUAAUUUAUGAAAUUUCAGCAGAACUGAAUUAAUUGGUCAGAAUUGUCUUUAUACAGUGAAACAAACCCAUUCAUACCUGAUGAUUCAUACCAAUUUUAAUUUACAAUUUAAAUAUGCUGUUUUAGGAACAACACCUGUCUUUGAAUUUUAAGUGUAAAAUUGAAUAAAAGAUGAAUAUCUUUUCUUUUUACAAUGUUUCAGCUGGUUUGUUCUUUUUGCUGCAA